AUGUUACGGCCCGCCGUUCCGUUGAUCCGACAAUACUCGAACCAGAAUCAGUCUCAUCGUGAGGAUCCCGACUCGGCUGAAGAAACCAAGAUAGACCUCAAUGAGCUAAAGAAGAAGGAAAAUUUGCAAAGCCUGCCCAAGGCCCGCCUUCCAGUCACAAAAGAACAGCUUCUUGCAUCAACCAGAGGCUUCUUGCCCAGGUUGUGGAUCCGCCUACGGUGGCUCCUCAAACGUUCCAAUAGACCGUUCAACACCGACGACUAUUCUGCAUUUUUCUCCUGGCUCGUCAUGGGCAACGCCCUCGUCUUAAUUCUAGGAACCACAACGUUUGUGCUGUUGGUCAUUUUUACAAUCAAUACGGUGUUUGCUCAGGAGCUUGUUGCUCGCAAGGUGGGUGAGUUCAUCACCAAAAACUCCAAAUUGACCGUCACUUUCGAACACGCUAUUGUGCCCGGAUGGUCUGACGGUAAAAUAUCCUUUAAAAAAUGCUUUGUCAGCAGAAGGCCCAAGGCGAUUCGCCAGUUCUCCAAGGGUAGUCAAGCUGAAGCCUAUGCAAAGAGUUUAGAUUCUCUGGACUUUGAGGGCGAACCAGUGGAUGAUGGAAACUACACUCAGUUUGACUUGACUAUUGAAGAGGUGAAUAUGUCGCUAUCGUUCCGAAAAUGGGUUAACGGAACGGGCAUUGUGGAUACGUUAGAGGUCAAAGGCAUGCGAGGUGUGGUGGAUAGAACACAUGUCCACUGGGACCCUAAUGAUGAUGCUAGAAACUAUAAGAAUGUUCACCAGUUCGGUGACUUCGAAUUUAAUGAUUUCAGAAUGGAGGAUGUGUUGUUCACGCUUCUUCAACCUGCUAAUUUCCGUGCAUUCAGUGUCGCCAUAUACAACUGCGAGUUGGCCAAGCUACGAAAACACUGGCUUUUCUAUGACUUUCUCAACGCCAACAUUAUGAGCGGAUCCUAUGACAACUCGCUCUUUACAAUCCACAAAAGACAAAGACUCGAUGACUUUGACGAUGAUGGCUCUAAUAAGAGUGUGGCACAAUUGCCCUGGAAACGUGUCACCAGACUCCGCGUUGAUUCGCUAAAUAUCGAUCAUCUAAAUACUGGUUUGGAGGGGCCCUUCGGCUGGAUCACAUCCGGUAAGGUGGACAUGAUUGGAGAUGUCAUGGUGCCAGAACAAAACAAGGAUUUCCAUGUCCUGGAAAUUGUCAGCAUCAUUACUCAGUCGAUUAAUAAGGAAGCAACUCGCUACAUCAAUCCUGAGAUCCAGGAUAGAGAAGAUCAUAUCCUCCGACUCACCAACGGCAGUACCACUGGAUCAGACGAUAUCUCGAAAUACUUUGUGCUUGACUUGACAAUGCGCCUUAAUAAUGUUCGAGCUCUGGUACCGUUCAAGGCCCCUGAAUUGAGUUAUGUCAACUAUGCACUUAUCAGGCCUAUUGUGGCAUACAUCAAUCUGAGAAAUGCCUUUAUCGAGGUGAAGUCCCGGAUUGUCAAGAACAUUGAAGAUUUCAGCGGAUCCUGGACUGUCUAUGACUCGCUUUUGAUGGACGACAUCUCCGAGGAAGUAUACGAUGGUUUUGCCAACUACGUUGCGGAUGACGAGGCCAGAUUGGUCCGUAUGCGUAAGGUAGCUUUCUGGACAAUGCAAUUGCUAGUACAGUUCAUUGUCUUUGGUCUUGGAGCUGUCACCUAG